AUGAAGGAGUUAGAUGUAUUCUUGGAUACUCAAGAAAAUGCACUGUUAUUUCAGUAUCCACUCAGUUUAGAGGUACCAAAUGUACAGACAGUAAAUACAAAAUGUGAUGACAAAUACGUUCAAAUAUCAACAAGCGAGCCAACUGGAACAGUAAAUUAUAAAGGAAUAAGCGGGGACACAAUAAACAAGUACUAUAUACUAAACAUAAAAGAGAGCGAAGUAGUGGGGCUGCAGGUAAAGUCAAUAACCCAACUAAGACCGUUUUUACCAGAAACAGAAGAGACUAUAAAGCUAUCAGAAAAAAAGGAAACCAAAGUAUUUGCGCUAAAUGAAUCCCAGGAUGAAUUAGAAAACAGAAUGAAAAAUCCUAAUUACAUUGUAGAAAAAGUAAACAAAACCCCGUGGGUAGAGUACAAGCUGACAGAGUAUAAAGAGUCGCAAGUAGUACAAGAGCCUUCUAGGCCGAUAUCUACACAAAUAGCAAACAUCCCGCUAGAAAAGAUAAAAGAAACUAUUUAUAAUGCAAGAGUAGUAAACAUUCCAGAACUCAAAAACAUAUAUCCAACUAGCCCUAUUUCAGAUAUAAACCAAGCAGUAUCAGAGAUGACCAUUCCCUUUCUAGGCAGAUACAUAUUAAAAAUAGAAUACUUUAAUGACCUAUCCACUCUAUUAAUUAGUAUAUUAAAGAGAAUAGAGGAAGGAAAUGGUGUAUUUACAUUUACAAAAGAUGAAUUAAUAGAUCAAUCAGAAGAAUUUACAUAUCUUCUUAAUCAGAUAGCGUAUAAACAAGACCAUGUGUAUGUGUUAAAGGGAUAUAAUGAAAAUACAAUGUAAUAACCUGAAAUAUAUCCCAAAUAUUACCAAAAAUCUGAAUAACCCGACAUAACCCGAAAAUACCAACUAAUAAAUAUACCUAGUCAAUAAAC